AUGCCCAGAGAGCUUAUUGACUCUAUUUCAGCACAAUACCGCGAGCUGCUGGCAAUUGCGCGCCAAAUGGCGAGCCGGGACGCCCAUCUCGAACGGUCCAAGGCGGACUACAAGGCCCAAAGCGACCAGUGCGAGCCCAUCAAGCUGCAGACAUGGGACGGUUACCAGCAGGGGGAGCUGACCGCUCCCUCCCUGGCAGAGAUCUACGCCCAGGAAGACGCAGGGGAAGAAGCACGCGCGCCAGCAGAGCACGAGGACCAGCUGCAGAGGCUCUUCACGGCGCUGCCAUAUAUAUGGAACGACCCCACCGCCAUGGUCCCAGACCAGGCCGCCAGCCGGCAGGAGGACGAGGAACUGAAGAUCAGCGGUGGCACCAUAGAACUGACCUGUCCGAUCACCUGCCAGCCCUUCGUGCGCCCUAUGAUCUCACGCAAAUGUGGCCAUGUCUUCGACGAGGUCGGACUGCGACGCUUCUUGGAGCGGCAGACAAAGCCCUGCCCGCAGGGAGCUUGUGGACAUAACCUGUCCAUGAAGGAUUUUGUCCCAGACCUGGUGAUGCAGUUCCGCUGUCUGCUGCACGAAGCAAGAGGGCCUCUGACCAGGAACGCAUCGGAAGACCCCGCAGACAUUGUAUAA